GGGAAGUCGGGCGCUUUAUCUUCGUCUGCAGUGGGGCUGGCUGCGUUGCUGGCGUGGGGAGUCCGGAGAGCGGCCGGGAGCUAACCUUCCCGCCAGCCGCGCUGUGACGGCUUGUCGGCGUUGCCCUCCUUGCUGAGGCCCCAGCUGCCGGGCUCGGGCCCCAGGCGACACAAUGGUGGGUGAAGAGAAGAUGUCGCUGAGAAAACGGCUGUCAAAGUCCAGUGAAGAUGCUGAGGAAAAGGAGGAAAGACAGGGAGACCGUUCGGAGGAGCCCCUGGAGAUACUGAGUAAUGGUCGGAAUGACUUAAAACAGUUGAUAGCCAAGAAGAUACAACUGACAGCAGAGGCAGAGGAAUUGAAGCCAUUUUUUAUGAAGGAAGUUGGCAAUCACUUUGAUGAUUUUGUGACCAAUCUCAUUGAAAAAUCUACGUCAUUAGACAAUGGAGGUUGUUCUCUGACAUCCUUUUCUGUUCUUGGAGAGAACCACCACAGAGCUAAAGAUCAGAGAGCGCGUCCAGAACAUGGAAAGAUUUUUGUUAUCAGGCGAUCUCUCUUAGAUGAGCUGUUUGAGGUGGACCAUAUCAGAACAAUAUAUCACAUGUUCAUUGCCCUCUUCAUUCUCUUCAUCCUCAGCACACUUGUGGUAGAUUACAUUGAUGAAGGAAGGCUGGUGCUUGAUUUCAAUCUCAUGUCUUACGCUUUUGGCAAAUUUCCCGUUGUUAUAUGGACAUGGUGCACCAUGUUCUUAUGUACACUUUCAGUUCCCUAUUUCCUGUUUCAACGCUGGGCCAGAGGGUAUCACAGGAGUUCUCAUCCAGUGGUCUAUUCUCUCUUAUAUUGCUUCCUUUUUGUGGUCUUCCAGACUGUAGUGUUAGGUUUUGGACCACCUUAUGUUGUGCUAGCAUAUACACUGCCACCAGCUUCCCGGUGCAUUAUUAUACUUGAACAGAUUCGUUUGAUAAUGAAGACCUAUUCGUUUGUCAGAGAGAAUGUGCCUCGGGUACUAAAUUCAGCCAAGGAGAAAUCAAGCACUGUUCCAAUACCUACAGUCAACCAGUACUUAUAUUUCUUGUUUGCUCCUACACUCAUCUACCGUGACAACUAUCCCAGGACUCCCAGUGUAAGAUGGGGUUAUGUGGCUAUGCAGUUUGCACAGUUUUUGGGAUGCCUUUUUUACGUGUACUACAUCUUCAAAAGGCUCUGUGGCCCCUUGUUUCGGAAUAUCAAAGAGGAGCCCUUCAGCGCCCGUGUUCUGGUCUUAUGUGUAUUUAACUCCAUCUUGCCAGGUGUGCUGAUACAGCUCCUUAUUUUUUUUGCCUUUUUGCACUGCUGGCUCAAUGCCUUUGCUGAGAUGUUACGCUUUGGUGACAGGAUGUUUUAUAAGGAUUGGUGGAACUCCACAUCCUACUCUAACUAUUACAGGACCUGGAAUGUGGUCGUCCAUGACUGGCUAUAUUACUAUGCUUACAAAGACUUUCUCUGGUUUUUCACUAAGAAGUUCAGGUCGGCCGCCAUGCUGGCCGUCUUUGCCGUGUCUGCCGUCGUGCACGAGUAUGCCUUGGCUCUCUGCUUGAACUUUUUCUACCCUGUGCUCUUCGUGCUCUUCAUGUUCUUUGGAAUGGCUUUCAACUUCCUUGUCAACGAUAGUCGGAAAAGGCCAAUUUGGAACGUUUUGAUGUGGGCUUCCCUUUUCACGGGCCACGGAGUCAUCCUGUGCUUUUAUUCUCAAGAGUGGUAUGCACGUCAACGCUGUCCUCUGAAAAAUCCCACAUUUCUGAAUUAUAUCCAGCCCCAUUCCUGGACUUGUCGCUACACGUCUUAGAAGCUGGGACUUUGUUUCCUUCCUUGACACUGAAGACUGAGUAUGUUCUACCUGAUUUGGGGCCAGCAUCUGUUUCCAGUCAUUCCUGAAGUCACGUAUGUCAUUUGGACCACUGCAGGCUUACAGAGCUCCCUCCAUUCAUAGGUCACCUGAAGCUGAGCUGUUGGAAGUUUACUGGAUGCUCGUACACUUGAGCAAUUCUUAAUUUUUUCCUUUUUGGGAGAAGGGAGACUUACAGUUGAUUUAAUAACAGAUUUUUGCUGGGUCAUAAUGGCUUUAAAUCUCAGACAUUCUGUUUUGUUUCUUAACUCCAUCUAAUCAGAGACUAAAUAUUAUGUUUUCUUGGCCACUGAAUUAGCCAAAACACUGAUGAAGAAAUCAUUUAAAUGCCUCUGACUCAGAAAUUUUGACAUGUACACUGUUGGAAUGUAUGCUAAAUAACCAUUCAGUUGGGCAAGAAAAUAAUGUGGAAUGUUUUGCUAUUUCUAGUAGAAAGAGAGAAAAAUACCUGUUUUUCCAAAGAUAAUCUUGUUACACAUCCUAAUUUGUGGGAUUUAGUUCACUUCUAUUUAACUUUUAUCUUGUUUUUGUUGUACAGUGUAGGUCAUGGUAUUUGUGAAGCAAAAUUAUCCCUUUGACCUUGAAUUCUUGAGUUUGCAUCCAUAAUAUUAUGUAUUGAGGGGAACAGAAGUAGGAGGGGAAAAAGAAAAAAGUGGCACAGGACAAAGGAAAAUAUUUUCUCUUAAUACCUUUUGAAGUAAUUUUUUAAAAGAACUUGCAGAAUCAAUCAUUUGUUUAAAUUAUUUUAUUGUGGUACUUGUGUGGAAGAUAACUUUUUUAUUGUUUAUUAAACUGUAAGAUAAUAACUUCUUUGAAGUUACUUAGAAGUAACCUUUGGUAUAGUUAUUUUAUUGUCUAAUAAAUACUGAUUUGAAUUAUUUUGCAGACUAGUAAGUCUGUAACAUUAAGUAUUAAUCACCAUUAAUAUUAAACUGAAUAUUAAAGAUCCAGCAACUGGCUUCUGCAUUUGAUCAAUUAUUAUACUUUUCAUGGUAGUAUACUUUAGGUGCAACAAAUUAAUAUGUGAUCAUUUGCAAGAAAAUGUACUUUAUAAAGUGUGAUGUUCCCAUGUUAUAAGAUGUCUAUAGCUAAUACAGUGUGGUGUGUAGGGCUGGUUUUGGUUGCUUGUAUAGGUAUGAUUAUAUUUGUCAAGAUUGAGCUUUGGAAGGGAUAUUGGACACCAUAUUCAACUUUCCACACAUAGAAGUGAGAUUUAAGAAUUACCCAAAAUAUUUUUGUUAUUUGGAGCAGUCACCUUGAGAAGCUGUCUUGGUGUUCUAGCAGCCCUCCUGCUAUCCAGAAGGUUUUGGGAAAUUUUUGCAAAUUGUUUUAGUCAGUUUGAAUCUCACAAGAAGGUAAGUAGAGUUCCUGCAUAGUCACAACUUAGUUUGCACCACAAGUACCCAGCUUAGUCACCUUUUUUGUUUUCCAUACUUUUCAUCCAGUUGAGUGUAGGCAGAUCCAGACUCAACAGACCAAAGUGUACCUCGAAGAAGGUUAUUUUUAAAAAGCUACUUCCCCGUGUCCCCAAACAGUAAUUAUUUGUACAGCGGUAUUGUGCUUGCAAUGGAAUAACCUCUAAAUAAGCCUGCUUUAAUAUAGCUUGUAACUUCUGGCAUUUUGAUUAAAAAUUAAAAUGAAUCAGUCACUUGAAUUUUUAACUACAUUUUAAAUUGAGUGAGCUGAGAAAAACAGACUGGUCUAAACAGAUUGGGCUAUGAGUAAGCAAAUGGAAUUCUGAAGUUUACUACAUUUUCUGUUAAGUACUGUAAAUGUGCGGUCUCACUGGGAGGAUUUCGUUGCUCUGUACUGAUUCUGAGUACUGUAUUUAUUGGACUGAUCAAGAAAACCUCUUUGUCUUCUC